AUGAGAAAAACGAGCUGGAUUAAAAAGAACUGGCUGCUUGUGGCAGGACUUUCAUUUCUGGGUGUCCAUCUUGGUACAUAUUUUAUACAAAGAGCUGCAAAGAACUCUGCUAAAUCAGCCUUGGAAAUUAAGCAAAAGGAUCUUGGAGAAUGAAGUAAUUUUCUGCAAUCAUCACAUAUUAAUUUAUCACUUAUAGUUGUAUAAUUUGUUAAAUAUUAAACUAUGAACAGC